CCGAGACUGAGUUAGGCUGCAGAUGAGCGCCUGAGUCCAAACGGUGCGGAGUCCCGCCCUUUUUCUAGAUCCUAGGUGAACCAGCAGACUGAAAUCCCAAACCUUUAGAAACUCCUUUUCUCUCACCUAACGCCUAUCCUGCUAUUUAAUCUUUCUAGUUCGGGAGACCGAGUUUGAGUCUUUGAAGCUGUCAGUCAGGCGGUCUUCUGGGCACUCCAACUGCGGGGUCCUCACGGCUGUCUCUGCUGCCUCAGCUUUGGCCCGGAGAGGACCCGGCGCCGAAUCAGACCGACUGGCCGAGGUGUCCGGAGUUUCAGAUAGAGAGAGGAAGAGACAUAGUGAAAGAUCUCCUAUCCACUGGUUCACUCCCCAAAUGGCCACAAUAGCUGGAGCUGGGCCAAUCUGAAGCCAGGAGCCAGGAGCUUCUUCCAGGUCUCCCACGCAGGUGCAGGGGCCCAAGGAUUUGGGCCAUCUUCUACUGCUUUCCCAGGCGAUAGCAGAGAGCAGGAUGGGAAGUGGAGCAGCCGGGACUCGAACUGGCGCCCAUAUGGGAUGCCAGCAUUACAGAAAAAUGAUCCACAGUCUAUUUCUCAUUAACUGUUCCGGUGACAUAUUUCUGGAGAAGCACUGGAAGAGUGUUGUGAGCCAGUCUGUCUGUGAUUAUUUCUUUGAAGCUCAGGAGAAAGCUGCUGAUGUUGAAAAUGUGCCACCUGUCAUUUCCACACCUCACCACUACCUCAUCAGUAUCUACCGGGAUAAGCUCUUCUUUGUGUCUGUCAUACAGACUGAAGUGCCACCUCUCUUUGUAAUUGAGUUCCUGCAUCGAGUUGCUGACACUUUCCAGGACUAUUUUGGUGAGUGUUCAGAGGCUGCAAUUAAGGAUAACGUGGUCAUAGUAUAUGAGCUCUUGGAAGAAAUGUUAGACAAUGGAUUUCCACUGGCUACUGAAUCUAACAUUUUGAAAGAACUGAUUAAGCCACCAACAAUUCUACGUUCUGUUGUCAAUUCUAUUACAGGCAGUAGUAAUGUUGGAGACACACUUCCCACUGGGCAGCUGUCCAAUAUCCCAUGGCGCCGGGCAGGGGUAAAGUACACAAACAACGAAGCCUAUUUUGAUGUCGUUGAAGAAAUAGAUGCAAUUAUAGACAAAUCAGGAUCUACAGUCUUUGCAGAAAUUCAGGGGGUCAUUGAUGCUUGCAUUAAGCUAUCAGGAAUGCCUGAUCUCUCCCUAUCUUUCAUGAACCCUAGGCUUCUGGAUGAUGUCAGCUUCCACCCCUGCAUCCGGUUCAAACGUUGGGAAUCUGAAAGAGUUUUGUCAUUUAUUCCUCCAGAUGGAAAUUUCCGACUCAUAUCCUACCGUGUCAGCUCACAAAAUCUAGUGGCAAUACCAGUGUAUGUGAAACAUAAUAUCAGCUUUAAGGAGAACAGUUCCUGUGGCAGAUUUGAUGUAACAAUUGGACCAAAGCAGAAUAUGGGCAAAACUGUUGAAGGAAUUACAGUGACAGUUCACAUGCCAAAAGUUGUGCUGAAUAUGAACCUGACACCAACACAAGGCAGCUAUACCUUUGAUCCAGUCACCAAGGUACUAACAUGGGAUGUGGGAAAAAUCACUCCACAAAAGCUGCCAAGUCUUAAGGGCUUGGUAAAUUUGCAGUCAGGAGCACCUAAGCCAGAAGAGAAUCCCAGCCUCAACAUACAGUUCAAGAUUCAGCAACUUGCUAUUUCAGGCUUAAAAGUAAAUCGGUUGGACAUGUAUGGGGAGAAAUAUAAGCCAUUUAAAGGAGUCAAAUAUGUCACGAAAGCUGGAAAGUUCCAAGUGAGGACAUGAGAAGAGGCCAAAAGUAAUCAAGAUCAGUUUCUUUUCCAAGUGUCAUUACAAUUUAUUACUGUUAGAUACCAAGUGGGUGGGAAUACAUAUUCUAGUUAAAGCAUUUGUGUAGAGCUACACACCACUAACAAAGUUGCUUAGUAGUCAAUGUAGGGUUCUUAAGGAGCUUUAAGCUAAGGAGACUUUUCUAAUAACUUAGCUUAUUUUCUAUCUUUUCACUUGGGAAGAUUUUGAAGGUGAUUUCUUCCACAGGGGAUGGGGGUACCAGCUGGAUGCUGCACUUUGUGACAGUAAAGGCAGAAGGCUACAGUGAUAACCUAUCUCCUAAAACAAGUGAACUGGUUUCUAGUCCAGGAGGAGCUGUCUUAAUCUGCAACGUGACAUGUCAGGUGUAGCUACAUAUCAUAGCUUCAGACCUUAGCCAUCCCAAAUCAGUAGUUGUCCUAACAGAGGAAACUCCCCCCACGCCCCGACGUUUACAGAAACUGCCUCUUCAAGUGUUUGCCUUAUUCAGCUUUUCACUUGUGCCAUUAAGCAAGCACUGUAGCAGAAGCCACUUCCACAUGGCCCUGGCAGGGAGCACUGCUGCUCCCUGCUCCAUCCUCACUCUACUUGGUAUUGUAUUUUUUAUAAAUAAGAUUUUUAUGUAAAGCUCAGAUUUUGAUUUACAGGGACCUUGCUGCAGUAACUACCAUCUCAAUUUUGUGCCACUGGUCCAGCUGUUAGAUAGCACAGUAAAAAUCAUUUGUAUGAUGGGGCAAAUGCUUUAUUAAGAUAAUAAAAGGGAACACUACUUCUCCUUUUAGGAAGUUGUUGCAAGCACAAGUGUUUGCAGUUUUAAGCAAAUUAAAGUAAAGAGAAAUUUAAACAAAACCUUUGCCAUCUUCAUGUUUUAUAAAGAUUAUCCAAUACCCCUUAAACCAUAGUAGUCUGCCUCCUGCCCCAGCUCAGCAAAUGGAAGAAAAUGAACCUGCCUCAAUUUUAUUAAUCUUUUUUUUUAAUCUUUUUUGUUAUUUUUAAGGGGCUGAAUUUGCCUGCAUCCCUUGUCUUUUAGGGGAACUCUUCUUAUUGCAGUAUGUAUUUACCAAGCCUGUAAUCAUAGAUUGCUUCCUGCAACUACUGUCAUAAUUCUUACUGAAGUACUUCAGUGUCUACACUGUACUAACAAAGUACCUGGAAGUAUAUUACAUUGAAGCAGAAACAAAAUCCUCAGUAACAUUGACAAUAUCAUAUUGAUCAUCAUGGUUGGAAAGUCAAUCUCAACUUCCUUGGCUUGGUCAUCCUGCCCAGUUAUUUUGCCUCAUUAAAUAUAAAGAAGUAGAGAAAGGUUGAAAGUUGAAAGUACUUGGUCUUCUUGUUUCCUGCUUGUUCUUACGAAUGCUACUAGUUUCCUUCUUCUUGUGGUUUUAUUCUCUUGUUCUUCUCAGCGUCUAACUCUUCCACUUAAAAUGCUAAGCAUAGCCCUUAACCUUAAUCCUGUUUAUGGUGUCAAAGGCUAGUGGUUGGUGCUGGUAUUGGGCGUCCACUAUACAGUGCGUCCUUACCUUACCUGUCCAGGGCAUCCAGCCUGCUCUUUAUCUAAGAAGAAAGGCUACUUUUGGCAACCAAUCCCAGAUGGGCAGCUAAAGUCACAUGGUACCAAAUACAUAACUCCUUUACCUCAAGUCAGUCCUUAUCCUUUCAUCUGUGAUGUCUUAGCUCUUCAGGUUUCUCACCUCAAAAUAUUCCAGUUUUCCUCCUGUGCUGUCUCCUCUUGAAUCCAAGCAGAAUGUAUGCCAAGUUUCUUGCCUUUAGCAAUUUCUGUUAAGACAUCCAAGUACACUGUUUUCCUCUUAGAAUUAAAUUAUUAAUUUGAUAGAAUCCAGUAACUGCUUUCUCUAGCUCUGGCUAUACUGUCAAUAAAAAAAAAAAAAAUCAAAGCAAGAACUUGAUUUUUUUUUUAAAUCAGGCAUUCUCAGAUGGGCAAGGCUUUCUGGAGCAGGCUAACCAUGAUCAGAUUUUCUUACAGAUCAUCACCUAAGAUUUGAGUACAGCUGCAAAGGCCACUUGCAGAUGCUCCUCUUCUAACCAGAGUAUGCUAACAGCCACUCAUACUUUUAAGUUUGCCUCUUCUGGCCAAAGACUGAGUGAUAACCUCCCCUACUACCACGGCCUACCAAUAUCAAAGAUCCAUAAAUACUUAAUAGUAUUAGAAUAGUUUUCAAGCAUAGAAUUCCAGCUAAUCUGAGAAUAUUCCUUUUUUGGAGUAUAUCCCAAGAACAAAUGAAGUAGAUGUAGUCGCAAUCAUUUUGUUCAGAGAGUUCAUUUGAUGGGUUCAUUAUUUAAGUGGUGCUACAAAAGAAGCCUUGGAAGAUGCUGGUCUUAUUGUCCUUAGAGACACCUGGUUUCCAAAAACAAUUAUAGAGCAGCAGGAAGGCAGCACAGUGAGCACAGUGGUGGCUAGAGAAAUGAUCCCAUUUUAGAGAUUGCUGAGCUAACUCAGUAGUCUUGGACAUUCUCCUUUAACUCAAGCAGGCUGUAUGAUUGGAAACAGAAUAUUCUAAGUUAGCAACAUCAAAUAGCAUCCCUUUAUGAUCUUUACCCUUUAAAAGAAAUGUCUCAGAAAAUCAGACAAAAACACUGAUGUCCCAACUCUAUUCCAAGAAUGUGCCCCUAUGAUUUUGGUGCUUCCUCAAGCAAGAAAAAGGGAUAUAUCCCCCAAAGCUAGCUCUGCCUCAAAGCCUAGUGGCUCUGGCAAACCUACUAUCCCAUACUUGGCUCUGGAAUAUAAAAAAAUGUGUGGCACUCCUGCACGCUUAACAAUCAGCUUUUUAGGGGACACUGACUGAUAGUCUCCAAACAAUAGCUAGAAUCUUCUAAAAUACAGACAGACUGCUUUAAUCAGAAAGUAUUGAUGUCACCCGGCCACUUUCUGUCCACUGUUGACCUCCAUCACAGCACCAACCACUAGUACAUAAUCCCAAACGGUCUUUUAUCACACAAAUCCUUGUUAAAUAUAUAUACUACUGCAAUCCCUACUUCUUCUGACACAACAUUUGUAUUUAAUAAAAAAUCUUUAGUUAUCAGAUCUUGAGGAUUAGUUUCAUUGGCUGUUCUGCAAAAGAGAAACCUGACCCUUAAAGCUCUUGGUAAAAUGACAUAGUCAUCAUUUAAAGCAUUGUUUAUAUAAAUGCAUUUUAUUGUUUUUAACAGAACAAAAGAAGAGGCAGAAAAUAUUUGCAUAUAAUAAAUCCUAGUUUAUAAAUGUAGGUUUUUUUAGUGGUAACAUCUCUAAUGAUCAUUGAAGAAAAAAAAUUUUUUAAUUUGCUUCACUGUGUCUUGAGCUCUGAUAUUAGAGAAAAGCACAUCUGGCAUAAAGAGUAACCCAGUGUCUCAGAACACUGGAGGAACCUGGAGAGCAAACAUGACUUUCCUUAUUUCCUCUAAGUAAUCUUUAGUAAAACAAAAGGUGAUCUUUGGCAUAGAGUCAUACUUUAAAGGCAUUAAUAUUGCAUUUAUAUAAGUAAGCAACUAUACACAUAUGCUGAGGACCUUGAAAAUAAUCUUCAUCAGUUAAAAGGAAAUAAGAAAGCCUGAGUGUACAGGACCAACUUAAGACAAGUUCUCCACAUUAGGAACUAACACACAUUGGGACUGGGAAGGAGGGACAUUCAAGCAAGGGCUCUUAUUCCUUUGCUCACCUGGUUCUGGCUUUGGGAAGAAAUACCAUUUCAAUGUGCUAGGGAAUGCUCAAUCAGCAGUGAUUAAGUGCGAAAAGGGAAAAGUUGCCUUCUUUCUGACUUUGUCUAACAGGAAACUUACUACAGUGAUAAUGAAAUAUUAUACCCAUUAUACUCUUGAACUUGGGAGAGGAUGCUGUGGGCUUGGUUGUAGGUGGUUGAAGGGAGGCAGAAAUAACAGGAGUUAUUUCCCACUGAAUUCAGCAGCACUCUCCCUUAGGUACACAGUGUCCUUCGGACAGGAUUCCUUUCCAUUAAAUGCACUAAUUCUUAGGACUGAAUUUCGAAAAGAUAAAAAGAAUCUUUUAAAAUUACAGAUGAACCAACACCUAUAUAACUUUAAAAUCUUGUUUAUGUAAGGUAUGAGGGAAGACUACAAAAGUCAUGGUAAGAGACAUGAUUUGGUUAAAAAUUAAAUGCAGCAUUUCAGCUCAGAAAGAACAGCCGAGAGCUAAGAAUGAAUAAGGCCUCAGCACAAAAACCUCUGCAGGCAGUGACACAGCAUGGAGAGCCUGGGAGUGACCCCACUGGGAGGCUGGGCAGGACCACACCCUGGCCCCUCUGCCCCUCCAGUACAGAGAGCACCAGCACACAGUGUGUUUGUGGGAUUGGCUACCUUGGCAGGCCGAGGCAGGAUAUGGGACAGGAAGUUUCCAUAGCACAAACAGCUCAGGGGCACAGUAAACAUGGAAUCAUGAUCUGUGAGUACCUCCUGACAGUAAAAUUUGGUUUGGAUAGUGUGAGAGUCUAGAAGGAUUAGAUUGAGGAAGGGCAAGAGAUGGAUCCAGACCCCUAGGCAGGGGCUCCUCAGAGGCUACCUUCUCGUGCAGCAGCAAGCUCACUUCCAAAAAGACCCAGGU